AUGGCCAAAGAGUUCAGUCCGAGCCUAGCUAUGCGAAGCUGCUACACCUUCCUGGACUCUCUUUGUUUUCACGCCAUUCUUCAUCUCAACUUGGAGGAAUUGCUUCACAUUUCUCUCAAGGCCCGCGCUAAGUGUCUUGACAUUGCAUACCUUUACAUCUGGCAAUCUCUGCUCCAAGCACGACCACAGCUCCUUAGCCUUAUUCACGACAAACCCGCCACACAUGCCACAGGAGAGACCACGAAUCUGCGGGGCCGCCGCAUCAAUCUUCUGUCUGACGCUAUUUCAAAGGGUGAAAUGUUGAAAAGCACAACCAGUAAUUUUGGAACGCCAGAGAAUGGGAAACCUCAUAACUCUGCGGUUGCCAAACUGAUCGCUGCCUUUCUGUCAUUGUUCCUCUCGAUGGAGCUCGUCACUUCGUUCAAUCUGAUUGACACCCAAAUCUGCUCGUUAUUAGCCAAAGCUGGGCUAGAAUCAAAUCGAACGGGUCCACCAGUGCAACCCGCUGAAGCGUCAGGUGAAAGCCAGUUUGCCGAGGCUGCAAGAAGAUGUGUUGGCGUGCGAACCUCUGACACUUACUCACCGCUCAGGAACGGCCUUAGAUUGUCAUCAUCAUCAGUUGAACCUCAAUUGUUGAGUGUGGUGAUCGUUGCGGCUGCAGCCGCUUCUCGAGGAAGCUCUCCACAAUACCGACGGACCGAACGCUCGACUCAAGAAGCCUGUUCCGAUCACCAAAGCACGCAUCCAAAAAAUACAUUCGACCCAAUGAGUCUCUCACUAUUCUUUGCACUGCCUCGAAUCACUGGCAUCAGGACAUCCGGCCGGUUCCAAAUCUUACAGCUUGGAUGCAUCGUUCUCAUCCCAGUUACAGAAGCAGCACCCAUAUCAGGCUCAACUACCGAUGAUAGCAUUGAUUGGAGACAUCGAGCCUUGAACUCGCUUACAUAUGCCCUGUCAUCCUGUGCUUUCUUGCUCCCUCCCCUUCUUGUCGUCGCCCUCGGAGGUGUUGCAACAAACUUUCUUCUUCGAAAACGUGCGGAAGGUUGGCUAGCUGGCCUUAUGCUUUUCUCCGGUACUAUUUUCGCUUCAAUAGAAGUGCCUCCCGGCCACGGCAAUACAGGAUCUGCAAAAGCGAUACGCACAGGGGUUGGAUUGGUCCAUGCUUUCUUCAUGCUGGGAUACUGCAAGCGGAUCAUACUUCGAAACAAUCUGAGUAAGGGAAAGAGCGUACUAGCUACAGUGCCUGGGUUAAUGUUCGCUCUCGUCGUCAUCGUGCUCGUCAUGGCUGUACCGGCUAUCGGCCGUGCCUGGAGAGCACUCAUCGACCUAGAGCCCGCGUGUAUCACCCCUUCGAUGAUCGCAUUCGGCUUUUUCCUUUGCGAUUUAUUUAUCGAAGUUACACAGACGGAUAUGCGCAAUCUUGAGGCGCAGGUGUUCGAGAUGAACUCGCAUCGCAAUCAAUUCGACCUCGAACACGCGCUUGGCAGGGGUCCCACCACUCCGCAAGCCCAAUAUCGUCCGGUCUUUGAGCGAAGAGCAGGAGGAAGUUUGACUAGCCAAUCUCCAUAUGACAACGACCAUGAGGAAUUCAGCAGCCAGGUGGAUGUUCAGACGAUAUCACGCGACCGACCGAUCAUUUCUCUGAAUCUCCUCAACCGCUUCUGGGGUCGAAGACGGGGCAGGUACGAUUGA